AUGCAGCGACAACCCUCUUCAUCGCCACCACACACCCAGAGCACAUCUCUCCACCGCGCACCUCUCCAACCCUGCCCCACCUCCUCGUCAUCGCUCAACGUCGUCGCCAACCCUCUCCACAAGGCCACCUUUCACCGCUUUCGCCGACCUGGCUACCUCGUCGAGCCCACCGCUGCGCCUCUCAAGUCGCGAGCGAGCGACACCCUCGCCAGACCCGACUCGCCGCCGCCCUCGUCCUCUGCACCUCAGCCCGCACCGCCACAGCAUGUCGAGCACCCGCGAGCCAAGACCGACUCGGCAAACAGCCUGCGCAAGACCACCUCGUCGCCAAGCCCCAACCUCGACGACCUGAAGCCGAGCGCCGGCGUCCGCUCGCCUCGCGCUCGCCGCUCGGCCGCCGUCCAGACCACCCCCUUCCCUCGCCUGUCGACGGCGCUCCUCUCGCCCUUCCAGCGUCACCUCGGCACGGACCGCGACGUCUACGUCGAGCUCCUUUCGAACGGCGAGCUCGUCCUCGACUCACGCAGGCGGGAGCGCAAGACCGGUGCAGCGGCGCGGGACGAGGUCUACCUGUUCAGCGGCAACGGCGAAGAGAUGUCCAUCUUCCACCCUUCUUCAACACUCGGCCCUUCCGCUCCCCUCGUCCUCGUCCACCCGUCAUCGACUCACUCGUACUCGGACCUCGUCGCCGUCGCCUCGGCCUCGAACGCCAACUCGGCGCAUCGGCGCCACGCCAAGGCGUACCGCACCGCCACCCGCAUCAUCACCGCUCUCAAGUCGCGGGUAACCCUCAUGUCGUUCUACCACCCGGCACCGCCUCUCGCGCUCGCCGACCGGGUCAAGAUGACGGUCUAUGCCGACCUCGAGUCGUUCGCGUGCUCGGCGACCGUCGGCCAUGGCCAGGACCGCGGGCUCGCGACCGCGCUCGUCCACCCGAGCCGGGACUCGCUCGUCCUCACCCUUCCUCGCCCUUUGUCGCGGGCUCCCACCUCGACCGCCACCUCCAGCAGUACAUCGCGUCUCUUCCUUCCCCUUUCCAAGCUCGUCUCGCCCGACUCGGCCGACGCGCCGAGCAACGACGCCCUCGCCCUCAUUCCCCCCGACCUUCCUCCCACCGCCCGCGCCCUCGUCCACUGCGCCGCCGCGCCCUCAACCCGCACCCUCGUCGAGCGCGUCCGAGCAGCACACCUCGCCGCCCUCGCCACCUCGUGCGAGUCGGCCGCCGAUGAGCGAGCACGGCGUGCGCCGAGGACGGGUCCGAGCGGCGCGACGCAAGACGGUGCGUCGCUGCCCGCCGCCUCGAGCACGAGCAGGAGCGAGGAGCGCGUCGUGCGCGAGCUCGCGAGGACGCUCGGCGUCGCGCCGCCGUCGCCGGCUCGAGCGCGCUCGGCGGGAGUGAGCGCCCGAGGCGAGGGACGAGGAGCGGCGGCGUCAAGGCCGUCGCAGGUGCGGCAGGGAGGAGGGGGAGAAGACGACGAGCGUUGCCUACCCGGCUUGGGCUGGGUGCUGCGCGAGCGCGGUGGCUCGAGUGGUGAGAGGCCCGGGUUUGGGAAGGCCGAGGAGGAGGACGAGGCGGCGUGGCGCGUCCUGUUCGCCGACGGGGAGGAGCUGCAGAUGCGCCUGCGUCGGCGGCGGGUCGAGUCGAGUGCGGGAGACGGCGGGCCUGGCGGGACGAUGAGCGUGAACGAGGGCGAGCGGGACGAGGUCGAGCUGCGGUGGCGAGGCGACAGGUACCCGCUCCGACGAGCCGACCUCCCGACGAGGCUCGUGCGCCGCCUCCCGCUCGCCCUCGAGCUCCUCGCCCUCUUCCUCGCCACACCGCCGUCGCCACCGCCGUAG